GGCGGGGGAAUAAGGUACCGGGGGAAACUUAGCUAUUAGUGUAGCAGGGUCAUGAAGAAGAGGCGGCGGCGGGAGAUCGGAGGCGGCGGCGGGGGCGUGAAACUGCGGUAGCUGCCCGCUGGGCUGGUGGUGUGGCUUUGUGGGAAAGGCUUAGUUUCUAAAGCCCUCUCCGGGCAGCGGCCGGGGCUCGGGGUUGAGAGCGGCCGUGGGGUCGCCUCCCCGGGCCCCCUGGCUCCGCCAUGUUCCGCAGGGCACGCCUUAGUGUGAAGCCCAAUGUCAGGCCUGGAGCAGGCGCCAGGGGCUCCACCGCCCCCAAUCCACAGCGUGAACGAGAGGCUCCCAGGCCGCCGGAGCCUGCAGCGGCCUCUGUCCCGAAGCCAGCGGAAUCCACAGAUGUGCCCCCAGUGGACUGCGGGGAAGCGGAGCCCCGAGAAAAGACUCCCAAGAGCAGUGAUGAAAAGACUGAUGGUGGGAAGGAUGUUGAAGAAUCCAGUAAAUCUUCCUCUACCGUUUCACAGAGAAGAAAGCGAGUAUCAAGUACUUUUAGUCUGGUUAAACCUAGUGUCAGUGUUCCUUCAGAACCUCAUCCUUUAUCUACAGUUAAUCAAGAAGCUUCACAGCCAAACCCUGUUCCAACAAAAGAGAAACAGCCAUGCUCAGACAGAUACCGGAUAUAUAAAGCCCAGAAACUGAGAGAAAUGUUAAAAGAAGAAUUGAGGAAAGAGAAGAAGCAGUGGAAAAACAAAUAUGCUGUAAAUGAAAGUCAGAGGCCACCAGAUCGUUCCAAAAUGACUAUGAGAGACUUCAUAUAUUACCUGCCAGAUAACAAUCCAAUGACUUCUUCACUGGAGCAAGAAAAGAAAACUGAAAAAUCAUUGACACCAGUCCAGACAAGAGAGCAAGAAGGUAAGAGUACCCCUGAUGGUGAAGAUAAUGAAGAAAUAGAAGAGGAGAUGGAUGAUGGGCCAUUGCUGGUUCCUCGAGUAAAAGUGGCAGAAGAUGGUUCUAUUAUUUUGGAUGAAGAAAGUUUAACUGUAGAAGUUUUAAGGACGAAAGGCCCCUGUGUUGUUGAGGAAAAUGACCCCAUAUUUGAGCGUGGUUCUACAACUACAUACUCCAGCUUUAGGAAAAACUAUUACUCUAAACCAUGGUCAAAUAAAGAAACAGAUAUGUUUUUUUUGGCCAUCAGCAUGGUAGGAACUGACUUUUCUAUGAUUGGACAGCUUUUUCCUCACAGAGCAAGGAUAGAAAUUAAGAAUAAAUUUAAACGUGAAGAGAAAACAAAUGGAUGGAGAAUAGACAAAGCAUUCCAGGAAAAGCGCCCUUUUGACUUCGAUUUUUUUGCUCAUUUGCUUCAGAAAGUUCUUGCUGAAGAAGAGAAAAGAAAACAAAAAUCUGUUAAAAAUCAGACUUUAAAGGAGAAGAAGUCCUCUAAAUCACGGAAAAAUGUAAAAGUGAAAAAAGUUGCCAGUGAAAGAGUGAAUGAUAAUCCAGAUGAGUCUGUGAGCACUAGAAUUUCAGACACAGAAGGAUCUCAAAAGGAUGCUCAGACAGUUGAAGAAGAACAACAGUCUCUGACUUUAUCAGGACAGGAUUCAGAACAGAAUGUAUUAGAACAAGAUAUAAAUCAAAAGAAAAGGAGAAGAAAGAAUCAGGAUGAAGGUAGUGAACAAGAGGUAAAUCUUUCAGGAAAUGCCACUGUUCAGCCAGGCUCUUCUAAAGGAGAAAAACACAAAAAUAAAUGCCUGUCUUUAAGUCCUGAGAUAAAUGAAGAUGAAAGCAAUAAGGAACAAAAGCUUCCCUGUGUACAGAACACAGAUGACAUUGUGGGUCUAUCCUCUAAUGAAAAGGCUGAGAAAAGAACUGACCCUGCUCUUUCACCAAGUAGUCAACAAGAUGCCGUAUCAGUAGCAACUGAGACUUCAGAAUCAAGGACUUCAGAUUUGCCUUCAUCAGAAGGUGGGAUUAGAGCAUUGUGUGAGGUGAAUAAUGCUGAGAGUAGUUGUACAGAAGAAGGAAAUGGUGACCUAAAAGAUAAAGCACUGGAAACUGAUCAAACAGAAAGUAUUAAACCGAUGACAAGAGGACGACUCCAGAGACCUAAACCCAAUUUAUCAAGGGCAGUUGGGAAGAAAUCAGUUCUUUCACAAGGGAAAACAGAUGCAGAGAACAAGAGUUUACAUACAGAAACUUCGGUUGAAAAGAAUCAUAUGGAAAAGGAUAAAAUGAAUACACUUGGUAUUUCUGGAAUGGAGAAUAAAGAGAAAGAGAAUCCAGAAGCUGACACUGCAUCUAAUUUGAGUGAAAAAAUUUGUCUGCAGGAAGAUGAUCAACUAAAGGCUUUCAGACCUGCACGCCUAAUGAGGGGCUUAUUGCAAAGGCCAAAGCCAAAUGUAGGUAAAGCUGCUGAAAGAAAAGAAACUGUUACAUCACAGGAAAAAAUUGGGGCCAGUGUAGAAAAGAAUGAAAAUGAGUCCUGUAUUGAUAGAGAUACUCCUGAACAAAUAGAAGAUGAGUCAUGUAAAAAUUUUGAUUGUGAAGACAUCACAUCACAAUCUGAAAAAAAAGAUACUUCUUUUCAAAAUGUGCAGUCAGAUGAGCCCAAGGCUCUUAAUGAAUGUCUAAGUAUUCAAGAGGAUAAUAAAGCAAAUAAACAAGUUCAAAUUCUAAAGACUCGAUUUCAGAAACCAAAGCCAAAUAUAGGAAGAAGAACUGGAAGAAGAGAAAUUUUCUCAAAGGAAGAAGAGGUACCAAAGGAAGUUCUUGCCUCCGAGGAGACGACAGCAACUUUGAGAGAAACUGCAAGAUUGGAAACCUCACCAAGGGAAAAGGUGCCUGUGGAGGCUAAUACUGCUAAGGAAAUGGAGCCAGAUUUAAAAGAAACUGAAAGAAAAGAUAUCUCUCCCAGGGAGAAAAUACCAGAAAUGAUUGAUGUCACUGUGGAAAUGGAGACAGAUUUGAGAGAGACUGGAAGAGAGAUUUUCCCAAGGGAGAAGAUAACAAAGGUGACUGAUGCCACUGAGGAAAGAGAGACAGAUUUGGAAGAGACUGAAGGAAGAGAAAUAUCCCUACAGGAAAAUGCCCCGGAGGAGGUCGAUACUAUUGGUGAAGUGAAGACAGGUUUGAAAGAAACUGGAAGAGAGAUUUCUCCGAGGGAGAAGAUACCAGAGAUGAUUGAUACUGCUGAGGAAGUAGAGACAGAUUUAGAAGAAACUGAAAGAAGAGAAAUAUCCCUACAGGAAAAUGCCCCGGAGGAGGUCGAUACUAUUGGUGAAGUGAAGACAGGUUUGAAAGAAACUGGAAGAGAGAUUUCCCCGAGGGAGAAGAUACCAGAGGUGAUUGAUGCCACUGAGGAAGUAGAGACAGAUUUAGAAGAAACUGAAAGAAGAGAAAUACCUACACAAGAAAAGACCUCAGGGCUCAAAACUAUAGAUGAUGAAAUGGAGACAGAUUUGAACAAAAUUGGAAUAGAAAUUUCCCCAAGGGAAAAUGUACUAGUGGGGACCAGUGCCACAGGGGAAAGGGAGAUUGAUUUGGAAGAAACUGGAAAAAGAGACAUUUCCCUGAUGGAGAAGGUAUCAGGAAAGAUGACUGCCAUUGAGGAAACAGAGGCAGAUUUGAAAGAAACUGGAAGAGAAAUUUCCUUGAGGAAAAGCGGAUCAGAAGAGAUCAGUGCUUCUGAGGAAAAGGUGGCAGAUUUGGAAAAAACUGGAAAAAUAGACAUUUCUCUAAGGGAAAAUGAACCAGAGGAGACUGGGACCUCAAGACAAACUGAGACAGAUUCAUUGCAGAGGGGUAGUGGUGACUGCAGUGCUGUGCCUUCACUAAAUAUUAAAGACAUUAGCAGUGAAGUACAAUCCGUGGUGCAUGUAUCUGUAGAAGAAAAAAGAAAUUCUGAAAAGGAAAUAUCAAGUCAGUUGAGUCACUUGAACAUUUCUUCACAGACUUCUGAGCUUGAUAAAAUAGAAGACCAGAGGAUGCGAUCUCCAGAUGUUCCAGAGCAGUUUUCAGAUAUUAAUUUAAGCAAAUCUCUUCCUCAAGAACAGAAGCCAUUUGAAGUGAAACCAGCACCUUUUGUGAGAAGUAGAUUCAAAAGACCAAAACCAAACUUAGCAAGAGCAGCUUCAAAAAGAGAGACUAUAGAAGCAGAAAAACACACACCUGGGAAGAAAGUGGAAGCUGAUAAAAAAGGGACUGUUGUGAUACAGCAGAAUGGAGAACAAACGAGAAGUCUCCCUUCUCAACGUGAUGUGGCUUCCCUAAUGACAUCAACAGAAAAAGACAAAUCAGAUCACAGUCAAGAGGAGGCUGUGAUAUUACCAUGUGUACAGACUGAAAAGGACCUUUCCCCUUCGAGUUCUUGUGAACCUAUAAAGGAGUCUCAGUCUACACAAGCCCAGGAAAAGGAAUUAGUUGUCUCUAUGGGGACUUAUCAUAUAAACACUUGCGAACAAGAAAUGAAGGAAAGCGUUAUCCAAACUGCUCCACCAGGAAGGGGCCGACUUCAGAGACCCAGUCCAAACUUAAGAAAGGUUGGACAGAGGCAAGUAAUAGAAAAAAGUGAAGCCAAAGAAACAGUUAAGGAAGAAAGGACACUACAAAAAGAUGAAACUAAGAAAUUCCUGACUGUGCCAAAUUCUCAAAUUGCAACGGAAAUUGAAGUUGUAUCCUCCAAAGUUUCAGAAGGCAGAAUGUAUGAAAACCAGAGUCACGUUCUUUUAGAAAACCUUCAUGUUAACAAAGUAAAUGUUUCAGAUGAAAAGACGAGACAUGAACAUAAAACGUAUGUUCCUAGUCCACCACAAAUGUUAAGAAGGCAAUUCCAAAAGGCUAAGCCAAAUUUGGGAAGAGCACAAGGUAAGAAAGAGGAAUCAGACAUAGAAAAAGACAGAGCAGAUCAGAGUAAGGCAAGGAAGCCAGAAGAUAACUUGCUGCAGCAUGGAGAUUCUGACACCCAGCUUCUUCAAAAAGGAAAAGCUGAGUUUCUGACAUCUCUGGAGAUUUCAGCAAGAAAAGGUUCUCUAGGUUCCAAGGAGAUUGGUUUGGCAAAAAAAGAUGCUCAAUCAGAAGUUGGACCAUCAGGAAGUGUUGGAGAGAAAACCGUAGGCGAUAAUUCUAUGUGUUCAGUUGUCGAAGAGCAGUAUGUCAGUAAACCAGCAAGCUCUCCACAGCUGUUAAAAGAAUCACAUUAUUCUAAAAUUGCUGUGGAUCGAAGAACAGCUCUCUCUUCUGCCUCUGAAUGUAAGAUAGAUCGUAGUGAAAGGAGAAUGCGUCGAAAGAUUAAACCAAACGUCCCCAAAGGGCGUGGAUCAAAACGAAUUCGGAGUAAGACCUCUAAGAAGGAACCUAGAGCUUCUAAGCCUGUGCUGGUGACUCUUCGAGCUUCCCAGGAAGAAGACGAAGAUGAUGCGGAAGACUUUGAGUCUGACUAUGAAGAAGAAAGCUAUCAUCUUGCUCCUGAAGAAGUAAACAAAGCUCCAGUGUUUGUACCUGUUGGUCUCAGAUCUCCUGAACCGGUUUCUGCUCAGAUUGAGGAAACCAUGGAAGAGCUUGAAAUACCCAUGAAUAUCCCAGAUGUAGGAUGCAUAGCUGUUGUUGAACAUCAGCUCUCAUCAAACAUAGAUUUGACUACUCAGGAAAUGAAACAAGAAGAAAAUUUGAAUGCAUUAUCAAUUGAAAUGACCACAGGUGAACAUUCCCAAGCAGAAACAGGUACCAACGAUGGAAGCACUGAAGCUGCCAUAACUUUACUUACAAUGGGAGGUCUGGUGUUGCAGUCAGAGAUCAGUACAGAACAGAGUGACGUAGGAGUAUGUGUACUUCCUGAUGUUCAUUCAAACGAUAAAAGCCAUAUUCCGUUUUGCCCAGAUAAUACAAAUCUCAAAAUUGUUCAUGAAUGUCAGGAACCUUCUUCACCUAUCCGUAGUACAUCUCCAUCAGUAGAAGAAAACAAGAUUAUAUUGGAUGAACAAAGUACUAAAGAAGAAAUUGGUUUAAUGGAAGAAGUAAAGGAAAACUCCAUAUCAUCCAGGACAACUUCAGAAGUGACCAAUAAUAUGAGAAUGAGAAGUAGAUUUGCCAAGCCUAAGCCAAAUCUUAAGAAAAUGUUAGGGACCAGCAGGUUUGGUGCUCAUCAGGAAGUUCCCAGUUUGUUUGUAACUAAAGGAGAAGUGGAAAUUCAAAGAGAAACUGAGAAAAAUGCUUCUAAAGGAAGAGAAUUAGAAGAUAAAAACCUUGAAUCAGUUACAACAGCAGAGAGUAAGGAGCAGAGCAAAUUGGCAUCUGUACACGGUAUUGAAGAAACCAGUAUUUCACAAGAAGCACGCCUAACUGGAAGAGAUGAAGAUGAAGAAGGGAGGUCUGCAGAGGUUCAGCUGUCUUCAGUUGCCCCUGUUGUUUCGUCUGAGUCAAGGCCCCACACACUUGGUUUGGGUAUGGGUCUUGGUGAGAGUUCUGUCGAAGAGCCCCUGGGAAAGGACUCUAACGGAGACAGUGUGCUUAUACUUCAUGUGCCAGAGUGUAGUAUUCCAGAAGUCCAACAAGAGAAUAUAAACAAUCCUCAAGACCUAACAGUUGCUAAUGUACAUCAAGAAGGUGAGGAUGAACAAGCAUUCAUUUUAACUCUGGUGGAAAUCCCAACCAGUGCAGUAGAAGAAUUUGCUGAUACUACUAUGCAGUUAAUGCCAAACCCUUUACUGCCAGCCCCCAUAUUGGUCAAAUCAGUGAAUACAGAAGAAAGGGGGGACAUGAGUAUCAGUUUUCCAGUAACUUCAGCUGGUCAGGAUGACAUGUGUUUAUCUAAUUCUGGAAGAGAUGAUUCCGAAAAGCCUCCUGCUAAUUUGGAUCUUGUAUCUAGGAAGAGAUUUCAUUGUAGGCUUGACGAAAGUGACCAUGUUCCUCCUGCCAAAAAAAGUUCACUCACUUUAAGAGACGAUUGUCAAAAAUAUACCUCUGAGGUGUGUUCAAAGGAAUUAAUAAAUGUUUUGGAGAAAACAGGAGAGUCUUACAAGGGACAAGGUAUCUUCCCUACCUCAGGAAACACACAUACAAUUCCAGAACCUCAGAAAGAGCAACUUGAACCAACUUUUCAGAGUAUCAGAUCUAAACCUCUUGAUAAAAUAACAGAUACACAAGAAAAGAAUACAUCUCAGUUACCUCAGGAUGAGAUAGUGGUGUCUGAUAAGGAAAAAAGAACUUGUGCUGCUUCUAAGUCUGAACAAAUGGAUAGCAUCACAUCGUCUUCAAAAACCCCACUAUCCAGACCUGGCAGAAGACCCCUGGGAUUUUUGUCUUUAAUAUGUUCAAAGAAUAGUUUGGAGUCUGAUGAACCUACUCAGGUUCAUAGCAAGAAACGCCUGAAACCUCUUAUACCUGUAUCAAGACAGAAUCUGAAAAGAUCUAAUCCGCUCAAUACAAGCCAGGAAAAAACUCAAGAGUCCUCUGAUCUUCCAUCUCCAAGUGUUGUUGUUAAUACUCAACCUAAAAAUAUUGAUAGUUCAGCAACUCAGGUUUCUUGUAAUCAUCCCUUACCGAAAGGAGAAUGUAAAGAUGUCCAAAACCGGCAACCGGAAGAGGAACCAAUGACAGUCUCUGAAUAUUUCUUUAGUGAUAUCUUUAUUGAAGUGGAUGAAACAGAAUAAAAGUCUUCUUUUUUUUUCUUUUUUUUUUUCUAAGGCUAGGAUUUCCACAGUCAGUUAUAUCAACAAAGCAGUAUCUAGCAAAAAGCCUCACUGGCAAUUUUUCUUUAGGUUGAUUUUGAAUAUUUAAUAGGCUUGAUUUGAAGCUUUUAUAAUCAGUGAAAAACAUUGCUGAGGUUCCUUUCGUUCUGAUUGAUUCAGCAUUUUGGAAAUAUCAAGCAAUUAAGACUGCUUUCUCAGACAGAAAUAACAGCUCUUGUUUACAUUUUGACUCUUCCUGUGUUGAACACACAUGGACAUCUUGGAAUGUUGUGGAUAAAUGUCUCUGUAUAAAUCACAGUGCCGACGUAUUUGGAGAUGGAUUGUAGUUAACAUUUAGCAAACCUUUUGUGAAGGUUUUUUUCUGUUUGUUUAGGGUUUUUUUGUUUUUUUGGAUGGUGAAGGCCUUUUCAGUUGCCUCUAAGUGUGUGAAAGGAAAUUGUGAAACUCCACUUUAGUAUGGUAAAUGUUAAAAACUUUUCUAUUAUCAGCUAUUUGACUGAAAAAUGUGUAUUUUUCUAAUUCGUGUUGAUGUAACAUUAGUCCUAAUUGAAGAACUAGUAUUUAAACUUACUAUUUAUAAAGAUAAAACAUCAAAAAGCUUAUUUAUUUUUAAAUUUUUUAUUUAAAAGAAUAUUCAGUUUUAAUUAUUUUUACCCCUGAGAUUAUGGGUAAAGAAAUCAUUAACAAAUUUAUGUUUGUCUCCUUUCCCUCUUUAAUUUUAAAGGUAUUUAAAGUGAUAAAACUAAAUUGUUUGGCUAGUAUAUACAUUUUGAAUACAUUUUUUUCUCAUAGUUUAGUAUAUUGACUUUGUACUGUGAAUUUUUUGUUUUUCUUAUUUCUUGGAUAAUCUCAGGAUUUGUAUGGGGAAAAAAACCCUUAACUUUAUUUAUGAGGCAAAUUUCCAUACAAAACUCUGUCUCCAUUACACACACAUAUGCUCACAUACACACAUUCCUUCUUUAAAAAACAAUUUCUUGGUAGUUUUUUUUCCCCCAUUAAAUUCUCCAUAAGGAACUAAGUACUUAGACCUUUAUGCACAGAACAUAAUUGUGAUGUUAAAAACAGAAAAUAAGAUAAGACUUUAUUAAGUCAGUGAUUAUCUUCAAUAUGAAUUUAAGGGUUGGUUUCAAUUUUGAGAUUUUGUGAUUUACAUAGGUAAUUCUGUUACCCACCCAAGCAAAUCUUUGGUGGUUCAAAUUAAACUUCUGAAAGAACAGAUUUAUUCUUUUAUUUGAAAAGCCUUCUGGGUUGAUAAUACAUUAGAUCAGGAGUCAGAAACAUUUUCUGGAAAAUAUUUUCGAGUUUGUGGGCCAGAUGCCCUCUGUGGUAACUACUCAACUCUGCCAUUUCAGUAUGAAAACAGCUACAGGCAAUACUUAAAUGAUGGACAUGGAUGGGUUGGGUUUUUAGUUUGACCCAUACAUUAGACAGUAGUUUUCUUACCUUAAGGUGCUGAUGUCAUUACCUAUGAGAUAUUUGUCACUGGAGUUAUGAGUUGUGCCUGACACUUAAACCCUUGAUUGCAUUAUGAAAUCAGUAUUUCAGUUGGGAAGAUAUUUUAAUGUCUAAUUAUGUUUGUAAUUUGAAAAAAAUGGUGGCUAGUUUUCAAGUUCAUUAGUAAAGUUGGAUUUGGCUUGGCAAGUAUAACAGUAAUCCUAAUUUAUGAAAACAAUUGAUAUUAGAGCAUUUCUUAUUCAUUGCUUUACAGUGAAAUUUGCAGUUUAAACUUUUUUGUCAUAAAGGAGGAUCUAUAAGGAAAUUCUCUAUAGAUAUGCAGUUAUUUAUUUCAUGGGAUUAAUAUGUCAUAGAAAUCAUGGUAGCAAAUCACAUUGCUAUUUUAAUGCCCUGUUUUUAUAAAUUUUAAAAAUCUCAUAUUCUGAAAAGGCUUCUUUCAUUUAGUUCAUGUUAGUUUGGGUGUUAGGUUGUCAUAGCUAAACUAUUAUUUUAUCCCUUGUUCAAUGUUACAUUUUAACUUUGUUAACAUCUGUCUCUUGUUCAUCUACAAUGAGUUAAUUUUAUGGAAGAUGUAACUUCUUACUGUAUAAAGGAUAAUUUUAUCUUUGGGCAUUCAUUGUGUUAGAGAAUCAAGUCAGACAACUAAAUUAUCCUACUAUUAUAUCCUUAAAACUACUCUUGGAAAAAAAAACUUAGUCAGUGUAUUUACCUUACAAGGUGGAAAGACUUGUUCACACCUGUGUUUAAUGUGACUCAUGUAAAGAUGAUGUUGUGAAGAAUUUGUAUUUUAUAAAUCUUAAAAGAGAUAUGUUUAAAGGUCUUUAUUUUUUUCUUGACUUUUCCUCCUGAACACUUACGUCUUAGCAAGUGAUCAACAUGAUGGCUUCAAAGCCUAAUUGUUGGUAAAUGAUUGAGGCACAGAUAAAAAUAUGAAUAUCCACUGUUUACCACCAUGUUUUUUGAAAUAGAAGUGACCAUGUAUACUAUCUUGCUUGAAGAAGUCUUUGACAAAAAGCAAUAUCUGUCAUUGUAAAUUUUCUUGUUCUAAAGAAAGCAGUUAUAUUCUAUAGAUGUAAAUUAUGUAAAUAAAAGUUAUUUUAUAUUA